AUGGUCGCAAACAAUAGUGGACGUGAAGUUAGCGCUGUAAAGUCGCGUAAGCGCGCUGCUGACUCUGACUCCGAAUCAGAACCGCUGCUAAAGCAGGGUCAACCAUUCCCCAAGCAGCCGCGUAUCGAUUCACAGUUGGACCAGACAAGAUGGAGGCUCAAGGACGACGACAGCCGCCACACGUGGCACUACCUCGAGGAUGACGAUGCUGCAAGGGAAUGGCCGCAGAGCUAUGCUGAGAAAUGGUACUUGAACUUGCCUACGGAUCUCCCCGACCUUCCCAAGCCUGAUAACCCACUGGCGGCUGCCGCGAAUGGCCUCGAAUUCUUCGAAAAGCUUCAACUUCCCAGUGGCCAUUGGGGUUGCGAAUAUGGAGGCCCAAUGUUCCUCCUCCCCAGUCUCGUUAUCACCUGGUACGUCACCAGAACACCGAUAUCUUCAGCGAAAGCGACUGCGAUCUACAACUACCUCUCUGCACGAGCCCAUCCUGAGGAUGGCGGCUGGGGCCUGCAUAUUGAAGGAGAGAGCAGCGUCUUUGGUACUCUCAUGAACUAUGUGGCCCUUCGACUUGUUGGCGUGGACCCCGAGGACCCUGUGUUGGUCAGGGCUCGAGGAACCCUUCACAAGAUGGGAGGGGCAUUAUAUGCCCCUCAUUGGGCUAAAUUCUGGAUGGCUGUUCUCGGUGUCAUGAGCUGGGAUGUAGUCAAUCCUGUACCACCUGAGAUUUGGCUUCUCCCUGAUUGGGUAGCCUUUGCGCCCUGGCGAUGGUGGAUUCACAUCCGAAUGGUGUUCCUCCCAAUGGGCUGGCUAUAUUCGAAGCGAUGGAGUUGCCCAGAGACGGACGUUACUCGAUCAUUGAAGAAGGAAGUGUUCAUUGAAGACUACGCCAAGAUCAAUUGGACGAGCCACCGCAACAGUAUCGGCGUCGUCGAUAACUACCAUCCCAAGUCAUGGCUGCUUAACGUGGCAAAUUGGUUAAUUGUCAACAUCUGGAACCCUUAUCUACGACCUAAUGUCCUGAAAGAGAAGGCCGAGGCUUGGUCCAGUAAGCAAGUCGAUAUGGAGGAUGCUAACACAGACUAUGCUUGCUUAGCACCUGUCAAUGCUACCAUGAAUACAGUCUUGUGCUAUGCUCGUGACGGACCUGACAACUAUGGCGUCAAGAGACACAUUGAGAGGCUUGAGGAGUACAUAUGGGUCAAGGACGAGGGUAUGCUUGUGAACGGUACCAAUGGUGUUCAAUGCUGGGAUACAGCAUUCUUAAUCCAAGCAGUCUUCGAGGCUGGUCUCCACAACGACGAAAAGUAUAAGCCGAUGUUGAUGAAGUCCCUCCAUUACCUGGAGCGACAGCAAAUCAGGGAAGACUGUGUCGACCAAGAAGUAUGCUACCGUCAACCUCGGAAAGGUGGUUGGCCAUUCAGCAACAGGGAUCAAGGAUACGGUGUCAGCGAUUGUAUCUCAGAGGCAUUGAAAGCCAUUAUUCUUCUACAGAAGGUUGGAGGUCUUCCUGAGGUUCUCGAAGAUCGGAGAAUAUUCGACGCCGUCGAUACCCUCCUUUUGUAUCAGAAUGAGAAUGGCGGUAUGUCAUCGUACGAGAAGCGACGUGGAGGCGAGUGGCUUGAGAUGCUCAAUGCUGCUGAGGUGUUCGGUCGCAUCAUGAUCGAGUAUGACUACCCCGAAUGCACAACAGCUUGCGUCACCGCUCUAUCCUUGUUCAACGAGCACUGGCCAGAUUACCGCAGCAAAGAAGUCAAAACUGUCAUUCGUACAGCCGCCGAAUGGAUUAAAUCUGACCAACGGCCCGAUGGUAGCUGGUAUGGUAGUUGGGGUAUCUGCUUUACGUAUGCGGGCAUGUUCGCUCUCGAGAGCAUGAAGCAUAUUGGUCAGACAUACUCGACAGGCGAGAACUCAAGACGUGGCUGUGAUUUCUUCAUUUCUAAGCAAAGAGCUGAUGGUGGUUGGUCGGAAAGCUACAAGGCCUGCGAAACUAUGACAUAUGUCGAGCACCCUUCAGGAUCCCUUGUUGUCCAGACAGCGUGGGCCCUUAUCGGGUUGAUGGAAGCAGAAUACCCUCACGUGGAACCCCUGAGGAGGGGUAUUCAGUUUAUCAUGGACCGUCAACAGGCCAACGGAGAGUGGCUUCAGGAGGCGAUCGAAGGCGUCUUCAACAAAUCGUGCAUGAUAUCAUACCCCAACUACAAGUUUACUUUUACGAUCAAAGCCCUAGGAAUGUUUGCAAAGAGAUUCCCCGAGGAAAAGCUUGUGCCCAGCUGGGCUGUGGGAGCAAAUGGAUCCGCAGCUAAUACUGUCAAGGCGAGUGGUGCUUGA